CAAGGACGGAGAAGAGCAAUGGAAGGUAGAGGGGUGCUCGUGGUGCUACUCCUGGGGCUUCUCCUCGGCCUCGCCGGAUCCAGCCCGCCGCCGAGCCCGGUGGCCUGCACCCGCGGCACGUCCGACUGCAUGGUCACCAACGUGUACGGCUCCUUCCCGGACCGCACCAUCUGCCGCGCGGUCAACGCCACCUUCCCGCGCACCGAGCAGGAGCUCGUCGCGGCUGUGGCAGCCGCCGCCGCGGUCAAGCGGAAGGUCAAGGCGGCCACCAAGCACUCCCACAGCUUCCCCAAGCUGGCGUGCCCCGGCGGCCGCGACGGCACGAUCAUCAGCACGGAGCGGCUCAACCGGACGGUGAGCGUCGACGCCUCCAGCGGGCUGAUGACGGUGGAGAGCGGCAUGGUGCUCAAGGACCUGAUCCAGGCCGCCGCCGCGGCGGGGCUAGCGCUGCCGCACUCGCCCUACUGGUAUGGACUCACCAUUGGGGGACUCCUGGCAACGGGUGCACACGGGAGCUCCCUGUGGGGCAAGGGCAGCGCCGUGCACGAGUACGUGGUAGGAAUGAGGAUCGUCACGCCGGCACCGGCGAGCCAGGGGUUUGCCGUCGUGAGGGAGCUCGCCGUCGGCGACCCCGACCUCGACGCAGUCAAGGUGUCCCUCGGCGUCCUCGGUGUCGUCUCCCAGGUUACAUUCAAGUUGCAGCCGAUGUUCAAGCGGUCGGUGACGUUCGAGAAGCGCGACGACACGGACUUCGCGGCGCAGGCGGCCGUGUGGGGCAACCUGCACGAGUUCGGCGACAUGGCGUGGCUGCCGCGGCAGGGCAAGGUCAUCUACCGCACGGACGCCCGCGUCCCCGUCUCCACGCCGGGCAACGGCCUCAAUGACUACCUCGGCUUCCGCGCUAACCCGACGCUGGCGCUCAUCACCGCCAGAGCGUCGGAGGAGCACCUGGAGGAGGACGGGAGCGACAUCGCCCGGUGUCUGGCCGCGCGGUUGCCGCCGUCUUUGUUCGAGCUGCAGGGGUACGGCUUCACCAACGACGGCUCCUUCUUCACCGGAUACCCGGUGGUGGGGUUCCAGAACCGCAUCCAGGCGUCCGGCACGUGCAUCAGCAGCAAGGAGGACGGGCUCCUCUCCUCCUGCACGUGGGACCCGCGCAUCCGUGGCCCCUUCUUCUACCAGUCCGGCUUCAGCAUCGCCGUCUCCAAGGCGCCUGCGUACAUCGCCGAGAUGCAGAAGCUCCGUGACCUCAACCCGCGCGCCUUCUGCGGCCUCGACGCCAAGCUCGGCGUGCUGCUCCGCUACGUCAAGGCCUCCUCCGCGUACCUGGGCAAGUCCGAGGACUCCCUCGACUUCGACGUCACCUACUACCGGAGCUACACGGAGGGCGAGCCGCGGUCGCACGCCGACGUGAUCGACGAGAUCGAGCAGCUGGCGCUGAAGAAGUACGGCGCCGUGCCGCACUGGGGCAAGAACCGCAACUUCGUCUUCGACGGCGCCAUCGCCAAGUACCCCAAGGCCGCCGAGUUCCUCAAGGUGAAGGCCAGGUACGACCCCGACGGGAUCUUCUCCAGCGAGUGGAGCGACCAGGUGCUCGGCGUCAGCGGGAGCCCCAACGUCGUCGGGAAGGGCUGCGCCAUUGAAGGGCUCUGCGUCUGCUCCGACGACUCGCACUGCGCGCCGGAGAAGGGCCUCUUCUGCCGGCCGGGGCAGCUGUUCGCCGAGGCGAGGGUGUGCUCGACCCGCCCCGCCGCCAGCGGCCUCAGGGACGAACUGUAGUCCAAGAUGCAUGCAUGUCCCAUGUUUGCAUGAACGGGUCAGACCGCAAUCUAAUGUCCUGAUCGCGAUGAUGAAUUAAUAAUGUUGUGUAGGUGGCGUGGUGGGUUUGUUUUUUCCACUCCAUUAGAUUUGUGGAUGUAUAUGUAGUUUGAUACUACCUGGUGUUAUCAUAUUGAUUUUACUGUUGAUUUU